AUGAAAAUACAUCGUUAUAAAAAAGUUGAUGAUUUAUUAAAGGAAAAAGUAUUUCAAGAUUUAGAUAAUGUUCAACGUAUUCUUACAGGUCUUGAAAAUUGUUAUGAAAAAGAAAAUGAUUUAAGAAAAAAAAUCUAUUUAGCAGAAAAAUGUGCUGAUACAUUUUCUCAUCUUAAUCGUUAUGAACAAAGUAAAAAUUAUUAUCUUAAACAAUUAAAACAUGCUCAGGAAUUAAAUUUAGAUGAAAAUCAAAUGGCAACUAUUUAUUCAUCUCUUGGUUGUAUUUAUCAAGAUUUAAAAGAAUGGCAAUUAAGUAUUGAUUAUUUUCGACGUGAAGUGAGCUGUCGUAUUUGUUUAGAUAUUAAUGCUGAUAUUGAACAAGGUUAUUCACUUUGUGAAAUAAUUAAAUGUGAAUAUCGUCUUAAAAUUGAUCUUAAUGCACGAAUAAGAACGUUUCACCGAGUAUUAAUUAUUGCUCGAUCGACAAAUGAUAAAAAUUUAAUUAGAAUGGCAGUUGCACUUGUAUUUGCUAUGAAAUUGCGUGAUUCACAUAUAUAUUUAAAUGAUGAUUUAGAAGAAUUUAUGGCAAAUAUCCAACCACCUAUAACAGAAGAAAAUUAUAGUGAAAUUUUGCGAUGUUCUGAACGUUGUUUUAAUGAAAUUACAAAUUUAAUGGAAUCAGAUGAAAUUCUAAUAGACAAUGAUGAUAACGAAGAAGAAAAUCAAGAAACAAUACCAGAUAGAAAAGGUUUAAUGAAGAUAAACUAUUCACAUGAAAAUCGUUUACAUUUUGCUUGUAACGAAAAAAACGGUUUAGAAAAAGUUAAACAAUAUAUCAUUGAAGGGGACAAUAUCAAUCUUGCUGAUUCUAAUGGUUGGACACCAUUACAUAAUGCCGUUUAUUAUGGACAUACUGAUAUUGUUCGAUAUCUUCUUGAUCAUAAAGCAAAUAUUAAUGCAAGAACAAAUAAUGGCAUCACUGCUCUUAUUAGUGCAUGUUAUAAUAAAUAUUUAGAUAUCAUUGAAAUAUUGCUGACAUACAGUGCGCAAAUUGAUAUUCGUACAAAUAAUGGUUAUACAGCUGUUGAUUAUUUAACUGAUCACAAUAGAGCUACGUCAUCAGAUGAUCAUCGAAUAUUGAAUCGUUUUAAACAACUACUUUUAGCUGAUAUACAAAAAAAUGAACCAAUUUAUUGUAUACAACAAAUUAUUCGAAGUGAUUUUGACGAGGAACAAGCGCUAUUAACAAAUACCAAUUAUAUGAAUAAUCGAUCUCGUUAUAAAACUAUUCGAACAAGUCGUAAUAUGAUAACAAAUCGACGAUUACAUCAUAAAAAGAAAAGAAAUAAAUUUUCCAUUGAUACACACGAAAAAUGGGAUAGUGAUGAAGAUAAUUGGAUUGUUAAUGAUCGUGAAUGUAUUAAAACUAUAUCAAAGGUACAAAAAGAACGAUUACAUUCAGCAUUAUAUACACCAGUACGAAAACGACAAUGCACAAUGACUAAUAAUCAAUCUUCAUCGUCCAAUGAUAUAGAAAUUUUUACUACUGAUAAUUUCGAUUUUUUUAUGCCAUUUCAAAAAGAUUCACCUAUUUCAUCAUUUCAAACAAUGACACCAAAAUCAACAAUAAGAUCUCGACAAGCAUCAACAACAUCCUCAAUCAAUACAACAAUUCUUCUUUCACCUUCUAUUUUACAUGAGACAAAUACAAGAAUUAUUCGAUGUUUAGCCAAUACAAGUGAUCGAACAAUUCAGGAUAAAAGACUUCGAAUACCAAUGUCAUCAUCAGAUACUAUAAGUAAUCUUCGUUAUCAAGUACUUAAACGUUUACAUGAUAAUUUUAAUAUAUAUGCUUGUUUUGUUACACUUUACGAUAGACAAGAUUGGGAAAUAGGUAUAUUCGAAAGUGAUACUAUUCAAUUGACUAUACCAGCUGAUGAAUCUGAUGUUAAAGCAGUUUAUAUUGAAAAAAAUCCAAUUAUUAUUUAUGAACAAAUUUGUAAAGAAAUGGGUUUAGUUGCUUAUUCAAAUAUUCGAUCCAUAUUAAAAAUGUUUUUUGAUAAAUUUGAAUUAUCUCUUCAACGAUUAAGUUUAAGAUUAGAACAAGCCAUUAGUAUAUUAAAAGUGUUCGAAAAUUUUAUGUUUAUUUAUUCAAUUGAUUUAUCAGAGAAUAAUCUAACUGAUGACAUAUUUGACCAAUUAAGUAAAUUAACAUUAGAUCAACUUAAAUCAUUAAAUUUGUCAAAGAAUAAAUUUACAUCACAUGGUAUUGGAAAAUUAUUUGAAGAAAAAACCAUGAACAAUUUACUUAAUCUCGAUUUAUCAGGAAAUACAGAUAUUGAUUGUAUGACAUUUAUUUUUCUUCGAGCACGUUUUCCGAAUCUUACUAUUCAUCAUUGA